GAGAAAGAAGUUGUAAUAUUUCCACCUAUUUCCAAUGGCUCUACCUCACUGCCUCGGGUGAGUUUAAGUGCCAGGUAGUCUCAUAAUAUUCAGUCCACCGUUAGAUGUUCUAUAGCCUAGGUGGGUGUCUGCUCUCUCUUUUAUCACCCAAUUGAAGGUUAAAUUGUUCUACAGAAGUAAUUUACAUUGAUUUAUAACCUUAAUUAGUAUCAAUUCACCCAGUGUUCCUUUCUCAUUGUAAAUGCAUCAUUCCAUCAGGACAGCAAAAACAAGAGAGCGACCAUUCCCACGUCCCAAAGACUCCAGGAGAUGUUCUUUUCCCACUGUCGAACCGACCAUGGCAUUCUAGUGAAAAAGAUUAGGUUCAAUAAGGUAAGGUAAUCGAUCCAGUUUGAAUAACACAUUUAUACAAUGGGUGGGUCUAAUCCUGAAUGCUGAUUGGUUAAAACUGCAUUCCAGCCGGUGUCUAUUCCACAAAUGACCACCGGCUAAAUCUAUGACGUUAAUAUGCCUAUUUACUCUGUUCCAUCUGACUGCCCAAUCCACCGUCUCAUCAGCCCAGCCAGGCAAUUUAUAAACUUGAUCUCCACUAUAAAAAGCAUCUAGACAUUAUCUCACAUUUCUUUUAGACUAACAUUUCGUUUUCAACAGCGGAGAUUUGUAUAAACCUUGCUGUCUGUCUCUCCGACAUUUUGCAACAUUGUUUCAAUAUUCAAAUUCGAUCUCCAGGCUGUCCCAUAUAUAAUGAACGUGUCGGGAGUCGGGAGGAGACAGACAGGCAGGCAGGCAGCGUUUCUCAGCCAGUCGAAAUGUAUAGUCCAUGUGUUGCUUACUGUAUUGUAGAGAGCAGACAGCCUUUGGAGUAUUCCUUUGACCAAAGUGAGUGAGGAGGCAGAGUCACAGAUAACAGCUCACCUCAGAGUAAGUGUUCUGCACACUUCUGUACUGCUCUAUCUUUCACUACACGAUUCAUUAUUCAUGUUGCAUGUUAUUGUAUGUUGUAAAUCCACAUAUCCUUCUCAGUAUCAUUUUCUGCAGCGCCAUGUGAAGUCUUCUGGACAAAGCACACCGUCAGAGGAGAAAGGGGUGGAUGUGCUGCAUCUGCUGAAAACGCAGGGGUAUUUAUUCAGGGUGAGGAGGACCAAGCAACUCUUCGCUUAUUCAUCCUUCCUGAUCUGAUCAUGGAAAAACAACUGAUCCCAUUCUUCAUUUAUUUUGGGGUGUUUUUUUUAGGACAAAGCAGCUUUCAAAGCCUUACUAGAUGGAGGACUCGAUGGCACUAAGGACGCUCCUCAAAACCUGCUGCAGAGUUUGGUGGCACUGGAAGAGGAAGAAGAGGAGGAGGAGGAGGAGGAGGAGGAAGACCGUGUUUGUGCAAACCAGGAUGUCACCUCAUGGACUGAAAGUGUUUCCGAAAUGGUCAAGUGUCUAUCGGAUGGAUCUUCUAAUGGUGUUGUCAAGAGGAAGGAGGACAACACCUGCAGUGCAACAGGAGGAGAACCUCAUUCAUUAGGUCUCACAGUCGUAACAGAUGACCUGGAAGGUGCCAAGAAGAGGAGAUUCAUGGUCUACAUAUGUGGUGGAUACAAAGGUAAGCGUGGGUGCGUGAGCGUGGGUGCGUGGGUGCGUGAGCGUGGGUGCAUGCGUGCUUGUCUCUGUAUGUGUUAUCAACCACAAUCCCAUCCCCACACAGACACGGUGGCAGAGAGGAGUGUGUUGAUGGAGAGUGUGUUCCCUCGCAUGUACCUCUACUGCAAACAGAGGGGCUAUGACUUCAGGAUGGUGGACCUGCGCUGGGGCGUGGGAGACCCCGUGUCAGAUAGACAUGACACGGCAGAGCUGCAUGUGGAGGCCCUCACACAGUGUCAGAAAACACUGGGGCCAAACUUCAUAGUGAGAUAUCUCUAGUGUAUUUUUUUUUUUAAAUUCGUAAACAAUGCUCAUGAGUCAAAUUCUUUCUCUCUUCCUUUACCUUUCUUUCGCUGAUCUCUUAUCUAACAUAUCUUCCCACAAGUUACGACCCUUCUGCCAGUCACUAGCUAAACUCCUGGAUUCAUGAAGUUAUUAAUUGUGUUUUUUUUAUUUGAAAGUUAUUCCUUGGCCAGAAGCAUGAGGUCCAGACCCUGCCCAGCACUAUCUCCAGAGAGGUCUUUGAGGCCAUCGUGAGCGUGGUGGAGAGAGACAGACAGAAGAUGUCCAAGAGAAAACACCCCGAGAUGGACGACAUCAUCAGCGACUCCCAGUCUAAUAUCGCCACGGGAAGUGACACGGGCAGCUUUGUUCCAGAACACAACGACGAUCAUGAUUCAGGAGAUCCAGCUCAGAAUUCCGGGUUAAUGAGCGAUGAGAGUUCUGUAUCCCAUAAUUCCCUCUCUGAUGCAGAUGAGACAUGGGUAAGUCCUGCGGGGACGAGGUGUUGGGCAGACUUCGACCGGGAUCUGAUCCUACUCCAGACGUGGUACAGACUGGAUGAGAACUGUGUUCCUGCUGUGUACCGCCUACUGCCUGUGAGGUAAGAUGUAAAGUUACACUGUUGCUCGUAUUGCUAUAACUGAGUUCAAAGUUCACAAGUUUGGCCACGACACAUUGAUGUCAACUUUUAUUUGUAUUUUUUUUUUUUAAGCAAUUUGUUUGCGUAGUAUGCUACUUGUUUGUUUUAGGGAUUGUUGAAAUGACCAACGCAAGGACCACUAGUAUAGUUUCUUAUUUUGAAGCUUGUGUAACUUGCUAAACUAGUUAGCAACAACCGUUGGCAGUUCAAACCCAACUGGCGUAUGAAAUGCUUUGUUUGGUUUCCAUGGCUCUUGCCCCUAGACCAUGUAUUGUUAUGAAAAUGGUUGUUUAAAAUGAGCCAGACAAGGAAAUGGAGCUCUCACAGUACAACAACCCUCCCUCUCAGCUUUUUGUUUUUCUUCUAUUCCAUUCACAAGUGUCUUAAAUCACUUCACCAUAUUGGAUUGUCAAUCAUCUUGAAAUCACCUAGUUCCUGUAUGUGUUGGUAGCACCCAACAGCCUGACUUCCUGAGCAGAGAUGGCGAGCGCAGGAGGCAGGCGAGGAAGGCUUGGCACGCAACUUGCUUGCUCCUGUGGGGAGUGCUACAGAGGAGUGGGACAGAGGCACUGGGGGGGGAGGUGGCAUCUCACCUCCUCAGGACAGGUUUGUAUGGGGGAGUAGUUAUUAUUGUCAUUAAUUAUUGUCCUUUCACCUUAGCGGUGGAUCAGGUUAUUUCCCCUCUUACGGUAGUGGACAGGAAGUAGUGUACAUUGCGUUAAGCCAUGUUGGUUUGCUCCCCACCCAGUGCUAGACUGUGAGGUAGAGCAGGGCCUCCGGUCGCUAGGAACCGAGGCCCCUCCAGAGGAACACUGCCACUGCUAUAAGAGGGUCAUCCCUGACCUCCACCACAGCCUGAGGAACGAACACGCUGCCCACUACAUCGACCUGCUGAAAGGUCGACCGCAGGUCAACCGCACCCUGAAUGCAGCACACCAGAGCUUCGUGGAACGCAUUCACAAAAAGGUAAGGGUGCGUGUGCGUGCGCGUGUGUGUGUGUGUGUGUGUGUGUGUGUUUGUGUGCAUGUGUGGAUGGGUUUGCAUGUGUUGGGGGUGGGAAGAGUGUGUGUGUGUAUAUGUGUGUGUAUAUGUGUGUGUGUGUGUGUGUGUGCAUGUGUGGAUGGGUUUGCAUGUGUUGGGGGUGGGAAGAGUGUGUGUGUGUGUGUGUGUGUGUGUGUGUGUGUGUGUGUGUGUGUGUGUGUGUGUGUGUGUGUGUGUGUGUGUGUGGGAGCAAAAAGGAGAGAGAAUGAUACAAAGACAAAAUGAAAGCUUUCACAGAGUAACACUGCUCACCGAUAUCUACAUUACAGUGGCGGUCGGUGCCGUUUAAGAUGAAGGAGGACGAUAAUUGUUUUUAUGAGCAUGGCCUUAUUUCUAUUACAGCGUAUUGGAUGACUUGUCCUUCAUAUUCCAUUCACCCAGGUCAGUGUAACAUCGAUAGGUUUAGGCUACUACAUGAUACUUUAAUUUUCCCUAUACCCAUCAGGAGGUUGCUACAACCUAGCCUAUGAAUGAAAGUUUACAACAUAGGUGCACAGCACAGGUCGAGGGAAACAUUUGAGUAAUCAAGGAGACGGACAGUGACACAUUUAAUACCGCCUUGCACACUCUUGCCUGCAUCUUAGCUGAUCUAGGGUGUAAUCAUUAGUCCAACAGUUGCAAACGAGAGCUUCUAUUGGACAAAUUCAGGUACUGUAUGUUUAUCCCCGCUUCAUUCCGUUUGCUUCCGUUUAAGAAACGUUUUUCAACAGAAUCGGCGGAAUGAAUACACCCCUGAUCACACGCAAACACACUUCACUUUCAUAGCAGCCACAUAUAAACAGCAUGAUCCCUUUGAUCGUUGUAUUCCUCCUCUCACCUCAAUAAUUUGUUAAAAACUGUUCAACUAUUGUCUUUCUCUCACUUUGAGUCAACUGCUCACCACAUUCUAUGGACUGCAGUGCUAGCUAGCUGUAGCUUAUGCUUUCAGUACUAGAUUCAUUCUCUGAUCCUUUGAUUGGGUGGACAGCAUGUCAGUUCAUGCUGCAAGAGCUCUGAUAGGUUGGAGGACGUCCUCCUGAAGUUGUCAUAAUUACUCUGUAUGUCCAUGGAAGGGAGUGAGAACCAUGAGCCUCCUAGGUUUUGUAUUGAAGUCAAUGUACACAGAGGAGGACGGAAACUAUCUGUCUUCCAGCUACACCAUGGUGCUACCCUACAGAGUGCUGUUGAGGCUACUGUAGACCUUUAUAGCAAAGCAGUGUGUUUUAAUCAAUUAUUUGGUGAUGUGAAUAUAUUUAGUAUAGUUUCAUCUAAAAAGGAUAACUUUAAAAAUAUUUCACAAUUAUUUUUUUAUUUUUAUUUUUUCAUUCACUGAGGAGGAUGGUCCUCCCCUUCCUCCUCUGAGGAGCCUCCAUUGUCUUUCUUCCCUCAUUAAGUUGCGCCACACCAACAUCUAUGAGCGUAACGUGGACUGGGGAAUUAAGGGCCUGAACCCCAAACACAACCGAUCCCAUCAGUUCUACACAGAACACAUCUCCUCCCACUUCCAGAGGACUGUCAUCAACUCUCUGAACAAGUGAGAGAGACAAAAAUAAAUGUAUAACACGUGUAAUAAAGUAUAUUGAAACUAUAAUACAUGUUUAUCACACGAUUACCAUGUAUAUCUGUCAUUAUGUUGGCCCUCAAAUAUUAUUGCAUAACAGUUAACUGAUGGCAUAAAUGUUGAGUUGAGCUGUGUAUUUCUCCUACUCCAGAGUUAUGAAGGGGAACAAAGCCAAAGGCUCCUUUGACAUCAGAAGGAGAGAAGCAUCUAGAAUGAGGAUACAGGAGGAGAUCCGUCGCCAUGUUAACCACGGACACACUCUGUAAGUCUCUGGUUUGGCUUUCUUUCCUUUAGAAUGGCCACCUGCAUGCUUCUAAGUAGCCUGGUUUCAGAUACUGUGCUCAUUGUGUCACGCCAAAUAUUGAACCAUAGGAGCUGGCAAGACAGCACAGACAGAUCUCGAACCAGGCUAGCUUCAAAGUGGGUUUGAUAUCAUCGUGACUAGUCUCUCUCCAGGGAAAAUAACCAUGUGUUGAGAGAAGGCUUCCUGGGUGAGAUGAGGAGGGCUGUGGAGGAGGGGUCUUCUCCCAGGCCUAUCCUCCUACUGGGUCCCCCUGGCUGGGGCAAGAGCACCACCAUGGCCACAGUGGCACACCUCGCCCCCUCCUGGAUUACUGGGUGAGGGGUGGCUCCAUGACAUCAAUGGGAAAUGUUUGUGAAAAUGUUAAGGUAUUGUGCACUUAUUUCAGUUUAGGAAUACGAUAUGAUCCUAAGUCAAGAAUUGAAGUGCUUUCUGGAAUCCGUACUGCUUGGUGAUAAGAAAACCAAACUAUUCCUGUGACCGAGUGUAUAUGAAGGACUCUGUAGUUCUCACAAACUGGACUUGCCUGUUCUCCCUCUCAGAGCUGUGAAGGUGCUGGUGUGUUUCGUGGGCCUGACGGGGGAGAGCAGGAAUGUGCGUCUGGUUCUCCAGAACUUGUGUGUUCAGCUGGCUGAGACCUACAGCCACCACACUGAACUCUCUGAGGUAGCUACCUCUGACAAACGUUAUCUAUCAUCUUAUUCCAACCAAUGCAAUUCCCAUAUAGAAGAGCAAGAAUGCUGUCUUGAUAGAAUAGAUAACAUGGUCAAAUACUUAUAUUGGUCAGCUGUAAAGUGAUACUUCACCCCAAAACCACAUUUGGUCAUUUUAUACCACAAAAGUUAAGUCCAUAGACCAAAAAAAUAGGUACAAACAUGAAAACGCAUUGUAACACGUUAAAUGCAAAACGUUAAAUGACCAAUAUCAUUCUGUGUCCAUUCGUCGCAGGGUCUCCCUCAGCUGGUGAAUGAGUUCCACUCCCUGCUGGGUCAGUUGAGGGCGGACAGCCCCGUAAUCCUUGUGCUGGACGGGUUAGAUGAUCUUUCUGAGGAGCAUGGAGCAGACCUCUCCUGGCUGUCUACACCUCUCCCUCCACACGUCCACCUCGUCCUGUCGGCCACCACAGACUCUGCCUGCGCCCACACCCUGCAGGUCAGGACAGGUUGACGAAAGAUACUGCACGACAGUGUUUAUCCUACCAUUACUUAGGCUGCCCGCCUUACCGCUGUCACGUUGAAAUCUGGAGGAACACUGCUGUGCAGGUGUGCAGUUACUGUAGCAACGGUCGUCAAAGUUGUUAAAAGUUUUCAAAUACAAUUCUGAUAAAUGCAACAGUCGGACAAUGGAUGAAGAUUCUCCAAAUAUUUAGAAUGGUUUAAAUCCAUAAUUUAUUGCACAUAAAACAUUGUAUUGGCAUGGACAAAUAAUUAAGUUCGGGGCAUUUUGGUGGGAAUUCGGAUAUUCAAUUGAUUGUAAAAUUUCACCUUUCUUUUCUUAUGAAGCACUCAUAUAUACUAUUUUUUUUAUAUCAGGUAUUUUUUAAAUACUUUGUGAUAAAAUAAAGAAGAUGAUAUGUGCCUCAUCUACACUGGGUGUAUUUGCAUACAUUAAUAAAUUAACAUAAAGGUGUGGAACAGGGCUGCAACCACCAAAAACGUAAUCCUACCUGUAAUCAUAAACUGCGCUGUCUAGACUGUCUCAUUAAUUAUUCAUGACUGUAGUUGUCACGUUCUCAUGCAUAAUUCAACAAGUGUGUUAAGAGGAGGAUACCCACGCGAUUUAAAGUAAAAAAAAAAACGCUUCACUCUAGAUUAUACCUACAGUAUAUGUACAAACUUUACAUUGUUUGUGAGAUCAGACAUAAUAGCACUAUAAUCCGAGUGUUCUCUUGCGAAAAUUGCUUUCAUUUCAGCGCAUCUAAUUUGUGAACAUUUCAAUCUGUAUUAAAUGCAAACUUUUUUUUUAAUUGCACAAAAAAAAUCAACACCCACCUAAAUAAAGUUCUCUUUCUUCUCUUUCUUGUGAUGUAAGUAUUGAGACGUUAAAUCUCCGUUCUUAUAGAUGUGACGGAAACCAUUGUAUUCCGUUGAGUCCAUUUCGGCUGUAACCGGAGUGUGUUUGACCGGUCAUUACAAACGUUUCCCACGGUCAUUACGUUAGAAAACGAAUGGCACAAGGGAAGAGUCGCCAGAGUAAAAUGAAAGCAAUCAAUCCAGCGAGAUUUAAGUGACAAGUGGAUUUUUGCACCCUUCAAACACAGGAAAUAGAUGGCUGAAAAAGGAGAGAUCCUCAGGUGGGUGGGGCCUGCGUGUUGCUAAGUUACUGCAUGUGAGACAUCCUGACAUGUACGUGUUCUAUCUAAAACCCUCUGUCAUCACGCUAGUAUCAAAGUGAUCAUGAAAUUCUCAGUUUGAUCCUUCCCCAUCCAGAAGUCAGCCCAGCCCACUGUCCUGUCCCUGCCACCCCUCAGUCCUGAUGACAUCACUAAGGCUCUAGAACAUAAACUCCAGGCUGACCAGCGCAGGCUCCAGGACUGGCAGUGGCAGCUUCUCCUCCAGGCCUGCCUUUCCUGCCCCUCCCCUGUCUACCUGGAGGCUGUCUAUGCUGAGUCCGUCCUCUGGACCUCCUUCUCCCCCCAGGGCAGCCUGGGCCUCCCGCCCGACCUGGGGGGGCUCUACGUAGGCCUGCUGGCUUGCCUGGAGAGGGCCCACGGGGAGCAGCUGGUGGCACGGGCCGCCGCGGUUAUUUCGCUCUCCAGAGGGGGCGUCACGGAAGAGGUGGGUGAAACAAAUUUGGUAGUGAAGGAGAAUGUGUAAAGAGCUGUGAUCACAUGGAAUACUAACCAAAAUUGAGAGUCAGACCAAUCACACAGCUGUGUCUUGUAUUGUACCUAAUGUACUGACCAAUCACACAGCUGUGUCUUGUAUUGUACCUAAUGUACUGACCAAUCACACAGCUGGACAUUGUGUCUUGUAUUGUACCUAAUUGUCACGGUUUCGGCCGAGGCUGCCUCUCCUCCUUGUUCGGGCAGGCUUCGGCGCUCGUCGUCUCCGGAAUUCUAGCUGCCACCGAUAGAUGUUUCAUGUUCGUUUGCUUUUGUCUGUUUGUGUCACACCUGUUUCUGUUUUACGUAAUUAGUGUCCUAUAAGUUUCUCGUUGUGUUUGUCAUGUGUUGUGUAUGAUUGUUUUUCGUCAGUGUUGUGUUUUGCUCGGUUGAGCAUAUUUUCUCCACUGCGCUGGAGCACAGUUGCACUUGUUCGUGCACCACUUCGUUUGUCGCACCUGUUUGUGCGCAUUUGCCUUUUCGCCUUGUGCGUAGUUUAGCUGUUGGGCUUAGUUGUCCUGUUGCCUGUGUUGGGCCAGAAAUACAGCAUUUGGAACCUACCGUCGGCGUCCUGCAUUUGAUUUCCUACACUACACCUACACACGCCCUGACACUAAUGUACUGGGAUUUUAAUUUCAAAUCGGAAGGUAUCUUGGGAAAAAUAAAGCUAUUCUACAAAUAUUAUUAUUAUUAUUAUUAUUAUUAUUAUUAUUAUUAUUAUUCUGAUCAUUAGGAGCUACUGGACCUGAUGGGGAGAGAUGGGAAGGUUCUACAAGAAAUAUCGCUCUCCCAUUCAUCCUGCACUUCCUCCUCCAGCCUUCCCAGGGUGCCGUGCGUGCUGUGGGCACGGCUGAGACGGGACCUUGGGGGUCACCUGACGGAGGCGGAGACAGACGGGACGUGGGUCUACCGCUGGACCCACUCCGAGCUGGGGAGGGUGUGUGUGAAACGGUACCUCAAAACGGACGAUUCCCGUAAGCUUCUACACGCAACCUACGCAGACUACUUCCGGGGUACGGACAGCCAACACAGAAACAUAUUUCAGCCCCUGGCGUGGACGCUGGAGGAGGACUCGACGAAGAGUUAUGUGUUUAACCUCAGAAAGCUCCAUGGCCUGCCUUACCACCUGGUUCGCUCAGGCCAGAUACUGCCCUUCCUGUCUGAGUGUGUGUUUAACUAUGAGUUCCUGCUGCACAAGGCCUGGGGUCUGUCUGUGCUCCAUAUACAAGAGGACCUGAAGGGCGCCGUGCUGCCAGAGAAGUGGGUUCUCUUAGACGCUUCUUUUGAGUUGCUAUUUGAUACUGUAUGUUUGAGAUAAGUGAUGUGUGUCCUCUCUCUCUUUGUUCCUAUCUACUCCCCUCGCUGUCGUCGUCCCCCUCAGGGAGUUGGUAGAUAUGGAGGUGUUGGCAGCUACUCUGGAGCUUUCCAGGCCCGUGCUGCUCCGGGACCCCUGCCAGCUGGCCUCCCAGGUUAUGGGCCGUCUGGGACAGAUAGUUGCUGAAGACCUCCCCGUGGCUCCAGGUAUACCUCACCUCCCUGACACUGAUGGAUAAAGUGACUCAACGUCUCAAAUGGAUGAGUUUGAAGUACCGCCAACACAAUUUAAAAAAAGCUUCGAAACGAGUUUCCAACUGUAUAGGGCGGCAGGUAGCUUAGUGGUUAAGAGCGUUGUGCCAGUAACCGAAAGGUCACUGGUUCUAAUCCCCGAGCCGACGAGGUGAAAAAUCUGUUCGAUGUGCCCUUGAGCAAGGCACUUAACCCUAAUUGCUCCUGUAAGUGGCUCUGGAUAAGAGCGUCUGCUAAAAUGACGUAAAUGUAAAUGUAAGUGUAUGGCCUGCUCUCUGUCAGUGUGAUGAUGUGUUCUUACCAGGUGACCCACAGAAGUUUAGCUACCUGCAUGACCUGCUGGCCCAGUGUGCCCGUUCCACUCUGCCAGUCCUGGUGCCCUCCUACAGCUGUCUCGUGCCCCCAGGAGGGAUCCCACAUACCCUGCUGGCAGGUAAAGAGCUAUCACAAACAUAAAGACAUGGUUGUUAUGUCAUCCAAUGCAAUGCUAUGUAAAUGCUCAUGUUGAAUGCCUUUUUCCCCCUGUCUCUGCUCCAGGCCACGCGUCUAUAGUAACAGCCCUGACCAGGGGACAGAGGGGUCUGGUGGCAGCCACCUGCGGUGGGGACGGCACCCUGAAGGUGUGGGACCUGGAGCUGGGGCGCGCCGUGAGGACUCUGGAGGGGGCGGGGGGCGUGGUAGGCGACUCCCUCACCCUCUGUCUGGAGGACAGGGUCCUGGUGGUCCGCAUGGGACAAAGUCUGCAGGUCAGAGAGGUGGAUUCUGGGAAAGUGAUCUACUGCGAGAGUGACUCUCUGGAUGUUCCCGUGGUAACCACCGCCUGUGACGGACAGCUGCUGGUGGCCUUCUAUGAUGGAAGUCACCUGGUGAAGGUAUUGCGGUAGUCCAAUGUAUUAUCACAUCAGCAUAAACAACAUGACGCUGAUGUUUUACGUUCAGGUGACCUUGACAUUGAAUCUUUGUGACCAUGGUGAUGGUUUGACCUCUCUGUGACACCUCAGGUGUUCGACCUGGCCUCGUCGUGCUGUCUACUGUGCUGUGUCAACAUCACCCUGGACUGUGACCCCAUCCAUAAAGACCAUUCCAUACUGGUCUCCCACAACUCCAUCAAAGACUAUGUCCUUUUCGCCUACAGGUCAGACUUCAGUCCUUGAUUCGGAUCCCUGUAACAACGGGUAGUCUAUAACAACGGGUAGUCUAUAACAACGGGUAGUCUAUAUCAACGGGUAGUCUAUAACAACGGGUAGUCUAUAACCACGGGUAGUCUAUAACAACAGGUAGUCGAUAACAACAGGUAGUCUAUAACAACAGGUAGUCUAUAACAACGGGUAGUCUAUAACAACGGGUAGUCGAUAACAACGGGUAGUCUAUAACCACGGGUAGUCUAUAACAACGGGUAGUCUAUAACAACGGGUAGUCUAUAACAACAGGUAGUCUAUAACAACGGGUAGUCUAUAACCACGGGUAGUCUAUAACAACAGGUAGUCGAUAACAACAGGUAGUCUAUAACAACAGGUAGUCUAUAACAACGGGUAGUCUAUAACAACAGCAAGUCUAUAACAACCGGUAGUCUAUAACAACAGGUAGUCUAUAACAACGGGUAGUCUAUAACAACAGCAAGUCUAUAACAACAGGUAGUCUAUAACAACGUGUAGUCUAUAACAACGGGUAGUCUAUAACAACAGGUAGUCUAAAACAACGGGUAGUCUAUAACAACGGGUAGUCUAUAACAACGGGUAGUCUAUAACAACGGGUAGUCUAUAACAACAGGUAGUCUAUAACAACAGGUAGUCUUCCACUGGUACACACAAAAAACUAAACACUAAACCAACCAACCCACAGGCAGAUUCAAGGACAUUGAGACUCAGUGUUUUACACGCUACCUUGAAUAUUGAAAAAAAAUGUAACCCGACCUUGAUUCCAUGGUGGAUAGAGUAAACAAUAUAUUGUUUUUCUCACAUUAUUCAUGAUAUUUUCUUUGCUUUGGUUCUUUCUUAUUCGUUUUUGGUUAUUUCGCAUUGGGGGCUAAUGGUGAUUGUUUCUUAGUACCGUAGAGUAAUAAUAAAUUAGUGACAGGUGUCACUUCUCCUGGUCCUUAAAUAAUAUCACAUGCCCUCGUUGUUAACACGCUGUGAAAUCAGGCGGACGUAGCGCCUUGACAGAUUUCACGGGUGCGGUUUUGGAAACACUGUUGAAUUAUUCAAACGGACUACUUCUCAGGUGCCUAUUAAAACGUAACCCUGGAAACCUUCACACACACACAAGCCCCUGUCAGAUAGACAGAUAACGUUGGACACCGGGAUAUGUGUACGAUGAUACAUGAAACGAUACAUUUUCCAGACAGUGUUAAAUCUUAAUCUUAUUUCAUUGACUUGAUUAAAUGGGAGUAUGGUGUCGUGGAUAAUGUGAUCAUCCUGUCGCACCUGAGUGGUGUAGAUGUCAGAGGAAAGACAAAUUGGGUCAUUGAGGUAGUUAGUAAUACAAGCUGUAUGUGGAUGGUGACAGUAUAACACACUGGGUUUCGGUUUCUGGUGAUUACCAUCUAUAUGGCAGGUUGCCCGUAACAGGGAAAUAGUUUGACAGCUGUGUGUUGCAGACCACAUUUAAAUUACAGUGCUUCCAAAUAUUAUUUUAGAAAUACUGUGGAUUGUCAGUGGAUUGUAUUGUAAAUAAAUACAAAAGUCUUACAAAUGUAUGUAUUUCAAUAUAGGAAUGUGAGUACUGGAGAAUACAUUUAGACAGAGGUCCAUACAGUGAGGGGAAAAAAAGUAUUUGAUCCCCUGCUGAUUUUGUACGUUUGCCCACUGACAAAGAAAUGAUCAGUCUAUAAUUUUAAUGGUAGGUUUAUUUGAACAGUGAGAGGCAGAAUAACAACAAAAGAUCCAGAAAAACGCAUGUCAAAAAUUUUAUAAAUUGAUUUGCAUUUUAAUGAGGGAAAUAAGUAUUUGACCCCCUCUCAAUCAGAAAGAUUUCUGGCUCCCAGGUGUCCUUUAUACAGGUAACGAGCUGAGAUUAGGAGCACACUCUUAAAGGGAGUGCUCCUAAUCUCAGUUUGUUACCUGUAUAAAUGACACCUGUCCACAGAAGCAAUCAAUUAAUCAGAUUCCAAACUCUCCACCAUGGCCAAGACCAAAGAGCUCUCCAAGGAUGUCAGGGACAAGAUUGUAGACCUACACAAGGCUGGAAUGGGCUACAAGACCAUCGCCAAGCAGCUUGGUGAGAAGGUGACAUCAGUUGGUGCGAUUAUUCGCAAAUGGAAGAAACACAAAAUAACUGUCAAUCUCCCUCGGCCUGGGGCUCCAUGCAAGAUCUCACCUCGUGGAGUUGUAAUGAUCAUGAGAACAGUGAGGAAUCAGCCCAGAACUACACGGGAGGAUCUUGUCAAUGAUCUCAAGGCAGCUGGGACCAUAGUCACCAAGAAAACAAUUGGUAACACACUAUGCCAUGAAGGACUGAAAUCCUGCAGCGCCCACAAGGUCCACCUGCUCAAGAAAGCACAUAUACAGGCCCAUCUAAAGUUUGCCAAUGAACAUCUGAAUGAUUCAGAGGAGAACUGGGUGAGAGUGUUGUGGUCAGAUGAGACCAAAAUCGAACUCUUUGGCAUCAACUCAACUCGCCGUGUUUGGAGGAGGAGGAAUGCUGCCUAUCACCCCAAGAACACCAUCCCCACCGUCAAACAUGGAGGUGGAAACAUUAUGCUUUGGGGGUGUUUUUCUGCUAAGGGGACAGGACAACUUCACCGCAUCAAAGGGACGAUGGACGGGGCCAUGUGCCGUCAAAUCUUGGGUGAGAACCUCCUUCCAUCAGCCAGGGCAUUGAAAAUGGGUCGUGGAUGGGUAUUCCAGCAUGACAAUGACCCAAAACACACUGCCAAGGCAACAAAGGAGUGGCUCAAGAAGAAGCACAUUAAGGUCCUGGAGUGGCCUAGCCAGUCUCCAGACCUUAAUCCCAUAGAAAAUAUGUGGAGGGAGCUGAAGGUUUGAGUUGCCAAACGUCAGCCUCGAAACCUUAAUGACUUGGAGAAGAUCUGCAAAGAGGAGUGGAACAAAAUCCCUCCUGAGAUGUGUGCAAACCUGGUGGCCAACUACAAGAAACAUCUGACCUCUGUGAUUGCCAACAAGGUUUUUGCCACCAAGUACUAAGUCAUGUUUUGCAGAGGGGUCAAAUAAUUAUUUCCCUCAUUAAAAUGCAAAUAAAUUUAUAACAUUUUUUACAUGCGUUUUUCUGGAUUUUUUUGUUGUUAUUCUGUCUCUCACUGUUCAAAUAAACCUACCAUUAAAAUGAUAGACUGAUCUUGUCUUUGUCAGUGGGCAAACGAACAAAAUCAGCAGGGGAUCAAAUACUGUUUUCCCCUCACUGUAUGUAAUCAUGACUAACUCAACAAAGCUACCGCUGCGUUCUCACAGGACUGGCAUUGUAAGGAGAAAUAGCUCUGAGCACAUGAAAAAAAAACUGUGAAACCUCAAAUAAACCCUGUUACUUUGUUUACAACCGUACAGCCCUUUGAAGUAGAGAAGUGGCCAGUAUCUGGAAUGCUUUAUAACGUCUAUUGGCUCUUUGAGUUAGGUGCUGUCUGGCUGAGUAGCCAAGGCAGUGUGUUGAUGAACAUUUAAUAGGCUGGGCCCCGUUUACUGACGGGCCUUUAAUAGUAAUGUGUGUUCCUCUCCUCUGUUUUUCUCUCUUUGUGUUUUCUCACUCACUUUCUCUGGCUUCUCUCUCGCACUCUCUUUUCUGUGUGUGUGCAUGUGUGUACGUCCUUCUCUCUAUCUCUCUCUCUCUCAUAUCUCUCUGUCUUCUCUAGUAUAUCUCUUGUCUAUAUACUAUCUUAAUUUCUCUAUGUCUAUGGUGAGAGAAUUGUAUUGAUUAGCUGUAUGUGUCUAUUGUCUCUGUAUAUCUCUGUUGAUGUCAUCUAGUCUAUGAUCUAAGUCUCUAUAUAUGUACUAUAAUAUAUCUCUAUAUCUUCUUACUCUCUCUCUCUGUCUCUGUCUCUGUUCUCUCUCUCUCUCUCUCUCUCUCUCUAGUCUAUCUCUGUAUCUCUCUGUCUCUAUCUGUAUUCUCUCUCUCUCUCUCUCUCUCUCUCUCUCUCUCUCUCUCUCUCUCUCUUCUCUCUCUCUUUCUCUCUCUCUCUCUCUCUCUCUCUCUGUCUCUCUGUCUCUCGUCUCUCCGUCUCUCUUUCUCUCAGAUCUGGAGGUCAGGCAGCGGUGUUUAGUGCCAGAGGGGGGGCUGUGUUGUCUGUCCUCAGAGCCCAGCACGGUGCUGCCUCCAUACAGGGAGUGGAGAUGACCGAUCAGUACCUACUGCUCUUCUGCAGGUAUCUGUUUCAUACACUGCUCAAAAAAAUAAAGGGAACACUUAAACAACACAAUGUAACUCCAAGUCAAUCACACUUCUGUGAAAUCAAACUGUCCACUUAGGAAGCAACACUGAUUGACAAUAAAUGUCACAUGCUGUUGUGCAAAUGGAAUAGACAACAGGUGGAAAUUAUAGGCAAUUAGCAAGACACCCCCAAUAAAGAAGUGGUUCUGCAGGUGGUGACCACAGACCACUUCUCAGUUCCUAUGCUUCCUGGCUGAUGUUUUGGUCACUUUUGAAUGCUGGCGGUGCUUUCACUCUAGUGGUAGCAUGAGACGGAGUCUACAACCCACACAAGUGGCUCAGGUAGUGCAGCUCAUCCAGGAUGGCACAUCAAUGCGAGCUGUGGCAAGAAGGUUUGCUGUGUCUGUCAGCGUAGUGUCCAGAGCAUGGAGGCGCUACCAGGAGACAGGCCAGUACAUCAGGAGAUGUGGAGGAGGCCGUAGGAGGGCAACAACCCAGCAGCAGGACUGCUACCUCCGCCUUUGUGCAAAGAGGAGCAGGAGGAGCACUGCCAGAGCCCUGUAAAAUGACCUCCAGCAGGCCACUAAUGUGCAUGUGUCUGCUCAAACGGUCAGAAACAGACUCCAUGAGGGUGGUAUGAGGGCCCGACGUCCACAGGUGGGGGUUGUGCUUACAGCCCAACACCGUGCAGGACGUUUGGCAUUUGCCAGAGAACACCAAGAUUGGCAAAUUCGCCACUGGCGCCCUGUGCUCUUCACAGAUGAAAGCAGGUUCACACUGAGCACGUGACAGACGUGACAGAGUCUGGAGACGCCGUGGAGAACGUUCUGCUGCCUGCAACAUCCUCCAGCAUGACCGGUUUGGCGGUGGGUCAGUCAUGGUGUGAGGUGGCAUUUCUUUGGGGGGCCGCCCAGCCCUCCAUGUGCUCGCCAGAGGUAGCCUGACUGCCAUUAGGUACCGAGAUGAGAUCCUCAGACCCCUUGUGAGACCAUAUGCUGGUGCGUUUGGCCCUGGGUUCCUCCUAAUGCAAGACAAUUCUAGACCUCGUGGCUGGAGUGUGUCAGCAGUUCCUGCAAGAGGAAUGCAUUGAUGCUAUGGACUGGCCCGCCCGUUCCCCAGUCCUGAAUCCAAUUGAGCACAUCUGGGACAUCAUGUCUCGCUCCAUCCACCAACGCCACGUUGCACCACAGACUGUCCAGGAGUUGGCGGAUGCUUUAGUCCAGGUCUGGGAGGAGAUCCCUCAGGAGACCAUCCGCCACCACAUCAGGAGCAUGCCCAGGCGUUGUAGGGAGGUCAUACAGGCACGUGGAGGCCACACACACUACUGAGCCUCAUUUUGACUUGUUUUAAGGACAUUACAUCAAAGUUGGAUCAGCCUGUAGUGUGGUUUUCCACUUAAAUUUUGAGGGUGACUCCAAAUCCAGACCUCCAUGGGUUGAUACAUUUGAUUUCCAUUGAUAAUUUUUGUGUGAUUUUGUUGUCAGCACAUUCAACUAUGUAAAGAAAAAAAUAUUUAAUAAGAUUAUUUCAUUCAUUCAGAUCUAGGAUGUGUUGUUUAAGUGUUCCCUUUAUUUUUUUGAGCUGUGUAUAUUCUGAAUGGUGUGUGCGUACCCCAACAACAGAAUGGUGUGGGCGUAUACCGGUCAUUAAAAAUAUUCACACGAGUAGACCGCUGAUUGGCCAGCUCAGGCAACGGGCCAACAUGAUGUCAUGUUAUAUGAAGACAUAGCAAUAAUUUUUCUAAACGGUCUGCUUGAGAUACAAAAUGGAGGUGUUUUUUUUUCUCUAAUUUAUGCUUUGGCCACAAAUCCGAGUAGGCCCUAUAGGUAUGUGUUAACAGAAUAUAAACUUUUACAAGUGAGAUUUUCACUGGACAGUUACUUUUAAGUGCAAGUAUGCAUCCCCUCCAUUACCCAUAACCCUCUGUUGUGUAUUACAGCACAGAAUGCAUAGCUCAUAAGGCAUUAUACAUGUGUGUAUAAUGCAUUAUGAACAGGGUGUUUCUGAAAAGUCUAUCAUGGCAUCAUAAUCUCAUUAUCGUAUUAGAUUUUCUAUUAAAGAAACAGAACAUUGCUAUUCCUCCUCUGGGUACGUUCCUAUGUUUAUCCCCCCCCCCCCCCCCCCCCCCUCCCCCCCCCCCCCCCCCCCCCUCCCCCUCCCCCCCAGGUACCCUUACAAGCGGGACAGUGAGAUCGUUCAUAUCGAGCUGUUCAGCACAGCCAGUUUCGAGUACCAGCGCUCCGUCCUGGGCUGCAGCCAGGACUACAUCUCCCAGGUCACCGUCAACCGGGCAGGGACGCACGUCGUGGCCUUCUGCCCCUCCCCCCUCACCGGCAUCACGCAGGUCGUGACAUGGAACCUGGAGACAGAGGACCACAAACACAUCGCCCGCUUCCCCGGGAUAUUGACUGCAGGUCAGUACGAAGGCUAGGUGGAGACUUGACAGGCAUUGGUUGCUUUCUUGGUUGACUGAUUGGAAAUCGGUUAGAAAAUGUGGUGGAGUUGGAAAUUUGAAAUGUUCGGUAAUGACUACAGAAAAGGCUUCAAGUUCAUCCUGCAUUAUCCUGCAGUGUUUGUGCCAGAGGUGGAGAGACUGCUGUGGAUUCAUAUGGGAAAGCCCAGUGAAUAAACAUAUAACCAUUUAAUUCACAUGACAUGACCAAUCAGUGAACUCAGGGGACUAACAUUGACAUUGACAGAUACAAACUGUUGACUUUUGAUGCUAAAUUGACAUUGAAUUACGUUCAGUAAAAACCUUUUCCUUUUGGUCCUCUCUCCUCCCCUGUCUGUAGGUGUGUGUUUGGAGCUGCGGUUCUGUGUGGGGGUGUGCAGCGGGGAGAGGUACCUGAGGCUCUGGGACCUGUCCUCCAGGAUCAAUGACCAGACCCUCACCUACAAUGUCCACAAGGUGAAGAUGGAUGGCACAGAGGAGGUCAUCCUCACGGGGAAACACCCACGGUAGGUCUUUAUCAACAAUGUACUAUUUACUGUACUGUUUUCGGCAUUGUCUCAAUAAUAUUGAGAUUAGGAUUCUCUGUACUAUUUUCUGUAUUGUUUAAAAAGUAUUCAGUUAUUGGUUCCUUUUAACAUGUAAUUAAUCUCAAUACUCUAAAUGGCUAUCCUCCUCUCCUCUCCUUCAUAUUCAUUGUUCUCUAAUUACAUAGCGUAGUUGAGAAGUGUACAUACCCACUGGGGAUUUGGUCCUCCUGACCAGCUCUUUCACAUCAGUGCAGUUGAAGGAGAUGAGACAAGGAGGAAGGAAGCCACUUUAGAUGAUUAAGAUGCUCCCCCUCCCCCCCCCCCCCCCCCCCCCCCCCCCCCCCCCCCCCCCCCCCCCAUGCAUCUGCUUUGAUGUCUUGAUCUUUUCCUGGGUCUCAUCUCCCUCUGGUGACAGCUACGCGGUGUGCAGGUCCCUACGGCACGGCACGGUACGCGUCUGGAACCUGGCCAGGUCAAGGUUCGCAGGUCGACCAGUCAGGGUGGAGCACGGUCUCUAUGGCAACACCGACGUGGCCUUGGUCCAUGACCUGAAGCUGUACAUCCUGACAGACAGAGGGACGGCCAACUUCACAGACACCCCGUCACCCAUAUUCCAGGUCACCCCCCUUUAUUUAUCAGUUAGCCUGGUAUCCAUACUGAAUCCACUCCUGCUCUGCACUGUUGUUUCACUUCAUGGCUACACUUGAAGUCACCUCAUUAGUUGGCAGUAGUGUACCCGUAGUGACAUACAGUGGGGAGAAGAAGUAUUUGAUACGCUGCCGAUUUUGCAGGUUUUCCUACUUACAAAGCAUGUAGAGGUCUGUAAUUUUUAUCAUAGGUACACUUCAACUGUGAGAGACGGAAUCUAAAACAAAAAUCCAGAAAAUCACAUUGUAUGAUUUUUAAGUAAUUAAUUUGCAUUUUAUUGCAUGACAUAAGUAUUUGAUCACCUACCAACCAGUAAGAAUUCCGGCUGUUUUAGUCAAACAUUAUAUCUGUUUGGGCUUCUUGCGGUCAAUUUGCCGUCUACAAAUUUAUAAUUAUGUUCCGGCCCCCCCGACCAUCCGCUCAAAGAAAAAUCAGCCCGCGGCUGAAUUCAGUUGAUGAUCCCUGGCCUAUAGGUUCCAGCCCGGGACUCCUACAUGCAACAAGACUGUGUUAACCCACCGAGCUAAAGCCUAGUAAUUAAUCUUCUGUUUCACUUUCACUCCAUAGACUCUACUGGUCUAUGACCUGAUCAAGAGGAGCUACGUGAGGAGACAGUCUGGUCUCUACAUCGUCCCCUGUCCCCAACACGAAUAUAGACUCCUGGAGGGACAGCUACUCCUGGGCUUGUCUGAGACGAGGCGAGAGCGAUUCAGUUACUUGAAACAAGCACCAGCUAACUUAGUCCACUACCUGAAACACCACACCCCAAAUACAGUCCCUCUGAGUCCCAGAUAACUAUUCCCUCUAGCAUCCUAAUUGGCUCAGUCCUAGAUAACUAUUCCCUCUAGCAUCCUAAUUGUCUCAGUCCCAGAUAACUAUACCCUCUAGCAUCCUAAUUGGCUCAGUCCCAGAUAACUAUUCCCUCUAGCAUCCUAAUUGUCUCAGUCCCAGAUAACUAUUCCCUCUAGCAUCCUAAUUGUCUCAGUCCCAGAUAACUAUUCCCUCUAGCAUCCUAAUUGGCUCAGUCCCAGAUAACUAUUCCCUCUAGCGUCCUAAUUGUCUCAGUCCCAGAUAACUAUUCCCUCUAGCAUCCUAAUUGUCUCAGUCCCAGAUAACUAUUCCCUCUAGGUCCUAAUUGUCUCAGUCCCAGAUAACUUUCCCUCUAGCAUCCUAAUUGUCUCAGUCCCAGAUAACUAUUCCUCUAGCAUCCUAAUUGUCUCAGUCCCAGAAACUAUACCCUUAGCAUCCUAAUUGUCUCAGUCCCAGAUAACUAUUCCCUCUAGCAUCUAAUGUCUCAGUCCCAGAUAACUGAUUCCCUCUAGCAUCCUAAUUGUCUCAGUCCAGAUAACAUUCCCUUAGCGUCCUAAUAGUCUCAGUCCCAGAUAAACUAUUCCCUCUAGCAUCCUAUUGUCUCAGUCCCAGAUAACUAUUCCCUCUAGCAUCCUAAUUGUCUCAGUCCCAGAUAACUAUUCCCUCUAGCAUCCUAAUUGUCUCAGUCCCAGAUAACUAUUCCCUCUAGCAUCCUAAUUGUCUCAGUCCCAGAUAACUAUUCCCUCUAGCAUCCUAAUUGUCUCAGUCCCAGAUAACUAUUCCCUCUAGCGUCCUAAUUGUCUCAGUCCCAGAUAACUAUUCCCUCUAGCAUCCUAAUUGUCUCACAGCUUAACGUUCUUGUGUUCAUUGUUGCCCCUAAUAUGUUUUACCUCAUUGUUGUGAACUGGUUUUGGGAUGUGGAAGGCCAAGGCUUUUUUUGUCCAAAACCUGUUUUAUUUGGACGGUUGGGAGGUAAAGGGAUCAUAACCUGUUUUAUUUGGACGGUUGGGAGGUAAAGGGAUCAUAACCUGUUUUAUUUGGACGGUUGGGAGGUAAAGGGAUCAUAACCUGUUUUAUUUGGACGGUUGGGAGGUAAAGGGAUCAUAACCUGUUUUUAUUUGGACGGUUGGGUGGUAAAGGGAUCAUAACCUGUUUUAUUUGGACGGUUGGGAGGUAAAGGGAUCAUAACCUGUUUUAUUUGGACGGUUGGAGGUAAAGGGAUCAUAACCUGUUUUAUUUGGACGGUUGGGAGGUAAAGGGAUCAUAACCUGUUUUAUUUGGACGGUUGGGAGGUAAAGGGAUCAUAACCUGUUUUAUUUGGACGGUUGGGAGGUAAAGGGAUCAUAACCUGUUUAUUGGACGGUUGGGAGGUAAAGGGAUCAUAACCUGUUUAUUUGGACGGUUGGGAGGUAAAGGAUCCAUAACCUGUUUAUUGGACGGUGGGAGGUAAAGGGAUCAUAACCGUUUUAUUUGGACGGUUGGGUGGUAAAGGGAUCAUAACCGUUUAUUGGACGGUUGGGAGGUAAAGGGAUCAUAACCUGUUUUAUUUGGACGGUGGGAGGUAAAGGGAUCAUAACCUGUUUAUUUGGACGGUUGGGAGGUAAAGGGAUCAUAACCCGUUUUAUUUGGACGGUUGGGAGGUAAAGGGAUCAUAACCUGUUUAUUUGGACGGUGGGAGGUAAAGGGAUCAUAACCUUUUUAUUGGACGGUUGGGUGGUAAGGGAUCAUAACCUGUUUUAUUUGGACGGUUGGGUGGUAAAGGGAUCAUAACCUGUUUUAUUGGACGGUUGGAGGGUAAAGGGAUCAUAACCUGUUUAUUUGGACGGUUGGGUGGUAAAGGGAUCAUAACCUGUUUUAUUUGGACGGUUGGGUGGUAGAAGGAUCAUAACCUGUUUUUAUUUGGACGGGUUGGGGUGGUAUAAAGGGUACUUUUUAUUAACUGCAUACGUUUAUUUGGACGGUGGGUGGUAAAGGGAUCAUAACCUGUUUUAUUGGACGGUUGGGUAGGUAAAGGGAUCAUAACCUGUUUUAUUUGGACGGUUGGGUGGUAAAGGGAUCAUAACCUGUUUUAUUUGGACGGUUGGGUGGUAAAGGGAUCAUAACCUGUUUUAUUUGGACGGUUGGGUGGUAAAGGGAUCAUAACCUGUUUUAUUUGGACGGUUGGGUGGUAAAGGGAUCAUAACCUGUUUUAUUUGGACGGUUGGGUGGUAAAGGGAUCAUAACCUGUUUUAUUUGGACGGUUGGGAGUUCUAGGAACCAUCUGAUGGUGUGGGACCUGGAGUCUGGGUAUAUCAAAGGGAGGAUGAAAGCCUCCCACACAGAGUCUCUCCUGUCCAGCAGCACCGUCAGAGACAGACAGUCCCAGAUACAACCAAAGGACACCACAGGUAACAAUACCAGAGACCAUAACAGAAAAGUAGUGUACGGGGAUCUAGCUAAGCUAUUUCACUACCAUUUGGUGACUAUUUCCUCUAGCUGUAGUGAUGAAGCUGUAAUGAUACAUUCAUAUUGCCCUGUGGAGGACUAUUUCCUCUAGCUGUAGUGAUGAAGCUGUAAUGAUACAUUCAUAUUGCCCCUUGGAGGACUAUUUCCUCUAGCUGUAGUGAUGAAGCUGUAAUGAUACAUUCAUAUUGCCCCUUGGAGGACUAUUUCCUCUAGCUGUAGUGAUGCCCUGGGACAGACGAACAGACAGCCAGUCUGCUAAGUGGAGGAGGCUGGAGAGGGAGGCCGAGGAGCAACGGAAGCUGGACAGGGAGAAAUACAACUCCGUAGACCAGUACCUUCUCAGUGGGGACCAACAGGUAAAAUGUACAGUUGAAGUCGGAAGUUUACAUACACCUUAGCCAAAUACAUUUAAACUAACGUUUUUCACAAUUCCUGACAUUUAAUCCUAGUAAAUAUUCCCUGUCUUAGGUCAGUUAGGAUCACCACUUUAUUUUAAGAAUGUGAAAUGUCAGAAUAAUAGUAGAGAGAAUGUAAGUAAGCUUUUAUUUAUUUCAUCACAUUCCCAGUGGGUCAGAUGUUUACAUACACUCAAUUAGUAUUUGGUAGCAUUGCCUUUAAAUUGUUUAACUUGGGUCAAACGUUUCGGGUAGCCUACCACAAGCUUCCCACAAUAAGUUGUGUGAAUUUUGAUCCAUUCCUCCUGACAGAGCUGGUGUAACUGAGUCAGGUUUGUAGGCCUCCUUGCUCGCACACGCUUUUUCAGUUCUGCCCACAAAUGUUCUAUAGGAUUGAGGUCAGGGCUUUGUGAUGGCCACUCCAAUACCUUGACUUUGUUGUCCUUAAGCCAUUUUGGCACAACUUAUGCUUGGGGUCAUUGUCCAUUUGGAAGACCCAUUUGCGACCAAGCUUUAACUUCCUGACUGAUGUCUUGAGAUGUUGCUUCAAUAUAUCCACAUAAUUUUCCUUCCUCAUGAUGCCAUCUAUUUUGUGAAGUGCACCAGUCCCUCCUGCAGCAAAGCACCCCCACAGCAUGAUGCUGCCACCCCCGUGCUUCAUGGUUGGGAUGGUGUUCUUCGGCUUGCAAGGUACCCCCUUUUUCCUCCAAACAUAACGAUGGUCAUUAUGGCCAAACAGUUCUAUUUUUGUUUCAUCAGACCAGAGGACAUUUCUCCAAAAAGUACGAUCUUUGUCCCCAUGUGCAGUUGCAAACCGUAGUCUGGCUUUUCUAUGGCAGUUUUGGAGCAGUGGCUUCUUCCUUGCUGAGCGGCCUUUCCGGUUAUGUCGAUAUAGGACUCAUUUUACUGUGGAUAUAGAUACUUUUGUACCUGUUUCCUCCAGCAUCUUCACAAGGUCCUUUGCUGUUGUUCUGGGAUUGAUUUGCACUUUUCGCACCAAAGUACGUUCAUCUCUAGGAUACAGAACGCGUCUCCUUCCUGAGCGGUAUGACGGCUGCGUGGUCCCAUGGUGUUUAUACUUGCGUACUAUUGUUUGUACAGAUAAACGUGGUACCUUCAGGCGUUUGGAAAUUGCUCCCAAGGAUGAACCAGACUUGUGGAGGUCUACAAAUACUUCUUUGAAUUCUUGGCUGAUUUCUUUUCAUUUUCCCAUGAUAUCAAGCAAAGAGGCACUGAGUUUGAAAUAGAUCCACAGGUACACCUCCAAUUGACUCAAAUGAUGUCAAUUAGCCUAUCAGAAGCUUCUAAAGCCAUUACAUAAUUUUCUGGAAUUUUCCAAGCUGUUUAAAGGCACAGUCAACUUAGUGUAUGUAAACUUCUGACCCACUGGAAUUGUGAUACAGUGAAUUAUAGGUGAAAUAAUCUGUCUGUAAACAAUUGUUGGAAACAUUACUUGUGUCAUGCACAAAGUAGAUGUCCUAACCGACUUGCCAAAACUGUAGUUUGUCAACAAGAAAUUUGUGGAGUGGUUGAAAAACGAGUUUCAAUGACUCCAACCUAAGUGUAUGUAAACUUCCGACUUCAACUGUAUGUGUGUGUGUGUGAUGUAUCUUCAUCCCACUGAUCCCCUCUCUGCCAGGUGGUGGUGUGUUCCUAUUUCUCCCACCACCUCAACGUGUUCAGCGUGGGGUCCCAGGACCACCUCCACACCCUGGAGGACAGGACAUCCCUGCUGAUCCUCCACACCGCUGCCCUCACCCACCCCGGGGGACACCUGGUCCUGGCCAACUACUGCCAGGCUCAACGUACACCCUACCUCACCCUCUGGGACCUGCAGAAAGGCACAGUAUGUACACUCUUAGAAUUAAAGGGUUCCAAAAGGGUUCAUCGGCUGUCCCCGUAGGAGAACCCUUUUUGAUUCUAGGUAGGACCCUUUUGAGUUCCAUGUAUAACCAUCUGUGGAAAGGGUUGUACGUGGAACCAAAAAGGGUUCAAAAUAUAACCUUUUCUUGAGUGUAUUUGUAUCAGAUUCAAAUAGCUUUAUUGUCCAUCUGGGAUCACUGACAACACUAUUUUCCAGUACACUGGCUAAAUUAUUUGACCCCCCCCCCCCCCACCACCCCAUUUCAAAUUAUAGUUUCAAAUUAUUGAAUUUUGUACACUUGUGAAGGUGAGGAAAAGAUUGAAGAACGAGCCAGGAGUCUGUUGUGUGGCGAUCACAGAUGACGCCAGCAGAGUCGCCUUUGGGGUCAGCGGAUGUAACAAGUAAUACGUUUCCAAAUGACACGUGACUCACAAACACAUGACAUAUAGCAUCUCUCAGAGCCAUGUAGUUACACCUAUCAUCCUGGUCUGUCACAAUGAGAAAGCUCAUGCUUAUCUCUUCUCCUGAUUAGGCUUAAAGUGUGGGAUCCCUUCAGGAGGAAUCACAAGACUAUCUCUGGCUACGCCAGCCUGAGACUAGGAGGGUCCAACCAGCUUUAUAUCACUGAGGGAGGAGCCAAAGCCAUUCUACUAGCAGGUAAGGACAGAGAUUACUUUAGAUUUUCAGCUAUCUUUCCCUUUGUAGAAAAGUGAGAUUAGGUUUCUCUGCACUGAAAUAUUUUGGCAAUUUCUUCUAAAAUUUGUUGAAAUUGAAAAUACAUAUGGUUUUCAAACAAAAGUCUAAACUCACUUCAAAGUCAAAGAUAAUCUGGACUAAAUUAUUCAGAUACAUUUGGCUGGAGGAAAGUAAUUCUCGACAAGUGUAAUUUAUCCUACUUGUGGUAACUGGCCAUUCAACCAGUUUUGAAAAGAGAAAACAGAACAUUCUGCUCCAUUGCAAAGGUGCCAAUAUAUUUGAGCACAUCUGUGGGUGAUAGGAGUGAGUGGAACAGUGUGUUCACGGACAACUGAUAGGUGUUUGUUCACACUCAGGUGAAAGUAGUGUUACAAUGCGUUUAUUUAUGUAGUGCCACACAGGUGAUCGUAAAAGUGACAAUUCAUGCCCUUCGUGUGUUUGAUUAUUCACACAGGUGAGCUGAGCCUAUGGGACCUGGAGGCCUGCAACGUCCUGUCUGUCCUCUCCCCAGAUGCCCACGUACAGUGUCUGACCCUCCUCGGAGGAGACGGAAAUAGUAGCGCCCUAUUGUUAGGCCUUAGCCACAGUCCUGCCCUCAUCACAGUCAGGCUGACGUCACAAUCACAUGGGGGGGUCGCCACGGCAACCAACGUCAGGGACGACGACUUGUUCGCAGAGUCCAGUAGUAGCGAAGAUGGAGAUGACUAG